AUGGCUGGACUGCCAUUACCACCAUACUACCAGCACUCGUUCCCAGUGGCGGCCAGCCUGAUCCUGGUCUAUCUCUUCAUCUUUCUGCUGUGUAUGGUGGGGAAUGGCCUGGUGUGCUUGAUAGUGUUGAAGAACCGCCGCAUGAGAACUGUUACAAACCUGUUCAUCCUCAACCUCGCUGUCAGUGAUCUGCUCGUGGGAAUCUUCUGCAUACCCACCACCCUUGUGGACAACCUCAUCACAGGUUGGCCAUUUUCCAACACAGUGUGCAAGAUGAGUGGCCUGGUGCAAGGCAUGUCAGUAUCAGCAUCAGUGUUUACCCUUGUGGCCAUCGCUGUCGACAGGUUCCGAUGUAUUGUGUAUCCUUUCCAGCCUAAACUAACUCUCCUUGUUGCCAAGGCAACUAUAGGGAUGAUAUGGGUCCUGGCCAUAAUGAUAAUCAGUCCGUCUGCAGUGAUGCUGACUGUGGAGAGAAUGGAGAACUACUACAUGGUCCACAAUGAAGACUACAACCAUACAUACCCCAUGUACAGGUGUUUCGAGAACUGGCCCGACCCGGAAAUGCAACAAAUCUACACCAUGGUACUGUUUGCUCACAUUUACCUGGUGCCCCUCAGCCUGAUCACCCUGAUGUAUGGCCGCAUCGGGGUGAAGCUGUACACCACCACCGUGGCGUCGGCUGGGGAGCCUCAUGAGACGCUGUCCCAGCCAGCAGCAGCACAGCCUCAUGAGGUCACCCGACCGCUGGUGUCCAACAAAAAGAUCAGAGUCAUCAAGAUGCUGAGCAUGGUGGCCCUGCUCUUCAUGCUGUCGUGGCUCCCGCUGUGGACCUUGCUGCUUCUGAUCGACUAUGGUGACCUGAACAAGGACCAGCUGGAGCUCCUGACUGGCUACUUCUUCCCAUAUGCCCACUGGCUAGCGUUCUCCAACUCUAGCGUCAACCCGAUCAUCUACGGCUACUACAAUGAGAACUUCAAGAGAGGCUUCCAGGCCAUCUGCCAGACCUACUCCUGCUGCUGCGCCAUACAGUUUGGGCUUAGGCCCCGAGAGAGCAGCGAAGGGGUUCAAGCCAACAGGGUAUAUGGCCUGAGGAACAUCACAACCAACACUAACUUUGGAGCGAGAAACCGAGUGCACACUGACAAGGACCUGCAGGAGUUGGGGCACCUUGAGCUGGAACCAAGAAGGAAGCCCUGGAGACACGCUGACAACAGCGAGUCAGAGACAGUACAAGGGGACAGUUUAGGAGCCUGUGACAUUAACAACAAAAAGGGUCCCCAGUCCCUUGAGAAUGUGGAGAUGAUCAGCCCAAACGGUGCCAGAGUAAGUCAGGCCUGGGACCAUUGA